UUAUUUUUAUGCACAGCUGUGGAAAUACAACUUAUUUAUUUAUAAGGUACUCCGCUUAAAGGUUGAGUUUAUGUAUUUAUGAUAUACUGGGAAGCCCAUUUGGGAACAGUAGGAGGUCUCUGAGAGGGGGAGUGAACAUAAAGAAUGAGUACUGGAAUCCUUGGUAUGGACUUAUCGGGGUGCAAGCGGGUAACAAAGUGAUGGUCUAAAGACUCGCAGUCACAAGGGGUGCUUGCGCCUGGAAUGUUGCGCUGGUCGGUGCACUUAGAAGGAGGGCCACGGAGAGUCAAUCAUGCUGCUGUGGCGGUGGGACACAAGGUUUACUCCUUUGGAGGCUACUGCUCCGGGGAGGACUACGAGACGCUGCGUCAGAUUGAUGUGCAUGUCUUCAACUCAGUGUCUCUGCGCUGGAUGAAGUUGCCCCCAGUGAGGGCGGGGGGACACGAACGUACCCGUGAAGUACCGUACAUGCGUUACGGCCACACAGCUGUGCUGCUAGAUGAUACGAUCUACCUCUGGGGCGGGCGUAACGACACAGAGGGGGCCUGCAAUGUGCUGUAUGCCUUUGAUGUUAAUACCCACAGGUGGUUCACGCCCAAGAUUUCAGGGACAGUUCCUGGGGCGAGGGAUGGCCACUCCGCUUGCGUGCUAGGAAAGGCAAUGUAUAUAUUUGGAGGAUAUGAGCAGCUGGCUGACUGCUUCUCGAAUGACAUCCACCGGCUGGAGACCACCACCAUGGUUUGGUCAUUAAUUAAUGCCAGAGGUACUCCGGCACGAUGGAGAGACUUCCACUCUGCCACCAUCAUAGGGACGAAAAUUUUUGUGUUUGGAGGGAGGGCAGACCGCUUUGGCCCCUUCCACUCCAACAACGAGAUCUAUUGCAACAAGAUCAAAGUGUUCGACACGGAGACUAACUGCUGGCUGAGCACCCCCUCAACACAGCUAUUGCCAGAAGGACGCAGGAGUCAUUCAGCCUUUUGCUACAAUGGGGAGCUCUACAUAUUUGGAGGUUACAAUGCCCGCCUGGACCGGCACUUCAAUGACCUUUGGAAAUUCAAUCCAGAAGCAUUCUUGUGGAAGAAGAUAGAGCCAAAGGGGAAAGGUCCAUGUCCACGGAGGCGGCAGUGCUGUUGUAUGGUUGGAGAUCGGAUCGUCCUCUUUGGAGGAACCAGCCCCUGCCCAGAGCAAGGAAUGGGGGACGAAUUUAACCUCAUGGAUCAUUCAGACUUGUACAUCUUAGACUUCAGCCCUAAUUUGAAGACAUUAUGCAAAAUAGCUGUUAUUCAGUACAGCCUGGAGCAGUCAGGACUCCCACAUGAUAUCAGAUGGGAACUGGCAGCCAUGACGACCAACAGCAACAUCAGUAGACCCAUCUUCUCCUCGCAUGGUUGAUGCAGCUGCAAAUGAAACAGAAUCAGGACUGUUUCAGAAAAGCUGGACUUUUUGACUAAACUCCACGGACUGCAUCAGAUUUAUUUUCCACAUUCUUCAAAUGAAAACUCAUUACUGACCAAACCGUCCUGGCAUAUAACUUCAGUGGACACAUGGACCUUGCCCUGCCUAAGGAUAUAUUUUAAUUCUUGGCACUCUGGUUGUAAGAGAUGAUGCUUGUUCACAUGCUCCCCUUCUUUCUAGCCUCUCUAGGAACCCAAUCAGCCUAUGAUAAUCAUAGACAUGCAACUUCUUCUGAAGCACAGGAAUUGUCAAAACUUUCAGCCAAAGGUCUUGAGCGCUAACUUUUGUUGAAGAUGUCCUGAAGAUGUGAAACUCCCUGAAAAAACAGCGUCCAGUUGCAGGUGUAAACAGACUGGCGUGGUUGUGAGUUUGCACAUCGUGCGGCUCAGUCUGUGAACAUUCUCACAUUCAGUAAAGUCCAGGAGUGUUUUGUUUGCAGAAGGUCUGUGGGGCUGAUUUUUUUUUUCUGCUUAGUGGUUGGCUUGUUUCACUGCAACAUGAAAGCCUCCCUGCUGCUCUAAAGGGGCUCCUAAAUGAUUUACAAGACAGCUAAAGAAAGCUGUAAAAUAAUCAAGGACAUCUACCUCCCUCUAAAGUAUUUCUCAUUGGGUCUUUAACACCUAUACAUUUGACACCUGCUAGUCUCCAGAAAAAAAAAAGUGUUUUAUACUGAUGUUACAAAAAAGUGUGACAAACCUGCUGUGCAACUUCUCUAACUUUAGAGGAUUUCAGUAUCAAAUGCAGACAAGAUUAUUUAGAUGGAAAUGAGUGAGAUGUUCAGAUACAUGCUCUAUGUGUGACUGAAGGUGGAACAUCACUUUAUACAUAUAUUCAUUCAUUUUUUAUGGACAAUCCUACAGCUUUCAGACCAGCACCUUGGGAAUGGUUCAUUUAUCAAACAGAGCAAAAUUAAGCGAUGCACGUUUUUGUGCACAGCUUGGAGAAAACCUUGGAGAAGCUCAGAAUGACAGUUUGUUCAUUUGAGAAAAUAAUGUUGUGAGCAGUCAUUUUUUGUUUGUUUUUGUUGAUACAUCCCAGAAAAAAGACCAAACCAAACUGUGUAACACCAUCUUUCAUCGCUCUCCUGCCUUGCAGUAGCUGUCAGCCCAUGGACUGUUUGUCCCUGCUGAUAGUUGUUUCUACAGCUCAUGUUAUUCCAGAUACUCACUACUCAGUGACUACAUUUGAUCUUUGUGAUCAGUAGAUUCAAGAAGUCGCAUCUGUCCUAUAAGUCUAAACAUGAUCAGUCGUUCUGAAUUAUAGGAAUGACUCGGUGAGGAUGGAAAGGCAAAAGAUCUGGAAGAAUUAUUCCUUUUUUCUCCCAAUUCACAAAUCAGAUUUGAAUUUAAUUAGUCAUUUAGAGGCUUUACAGAAAUAAGAUAGAACCUGUCUUAAAGGCCCAUACCUAUGAGCUGAACCUCUGUCCCAUCUAAGGAACCAGGAGUGUCUUUUUGUCUUGACAUGCAUCAGUUUGCUCCUACAUUGCCCUAGGCAGCAGCUCAAUCUCACACUAAAAAUUUUAGAAAGAUCAAAUGUUUUAAUUGGAGUGCAUUUAUUCAGCAGGAGUAAAACAAAAAUCACAUUAAAAAAAACAAUUUCUAAAAAAAUCACUGGUGGCACACUUAUUGGUACCCCAAACAACCAUUUUGCAGUAAAUGCAACUAUUUAGCUGUGUUUUAUACUUUUUAGGUUGAUCAGAUUUUCUAAGAAUUUCUAAUUGUAAUCCUUGACUUUUUGUUUCCCUUGGAUAUAAAUAAGAUGAGACACGCAGACCUAUUUCCUUUAGCCACUGGUCUCUAUGACAGUCCAGCAUAUCAGCAACAAAAGCUCCAGUUUGGCAUGAAAUAAUGAAUUCAGGAUGAAAAUAACCUUAAGUUAGAUGUUAAUUAGCGUAGAGGAUGUGUGAUGCAGUGGGCCUGCAUCAUAGACUCAUAUAUGGACCAGAAGAUUUUAUGUACAAAUCUGGUGGACUCUACUAGAAAGUAAAAUUAGGUCAUCAUUGGGUCUUCCGGGUGACAGAAAAAUGGUUCCUUGGCCAUUACAGUCUAUAAACCCAAAUCCUGUUGAAAACCUGUGGGGUAAUCUGAAAAGAAGAGGGUACCUCUGGAAGAUUUAGAGAUUAUGUUGAUUCCUCUCUCUUUAUGCUCCAGCCAUACUAAAUAUUAGAAGAUAAAAUGCCAGCCUGUUGAUAAAAAAGUAGGGGUUGCCAAUAUGUGUGCCGCCUGGAAUUUAGUAAAAAAUCUAGAUGUUCAGGUCGAGAUUAUUAUCAUGCAAUAAAAGAGUAAUUUACAGCUUUUUUACAUGACAUUACCAUAGGUGCCGGUACAUUUAGCUUGCAGUGUAAUUUGAUGGAUACAGGGAAAGACUGCAAGGCUCCGAAUCUCAAACAUUAGGAUUUAACACCUCUGACCGCCAAUGUAAACGUUUACAAAACAGAAGCAGUGUAAAACAGUCUGUAACUGCCGCUCGGAGUCACCAGAUAACUGCACUAUAGCCAACUGUGGCACGUCUGGCCUUACGGAGAGGAGACCGGUUAAUGCCGCUUUUUGCCAAGGUAGACUUCAGAGUUUGAGAUGUUAGCCUACACACACCAGUACCGACUUAUUUACCGACCAGCAGUGCCAAUAUGACCCAGGAAGUCUUAUGCUGCUUGCACUACACACAUGUACACCUAAUAGAUAAAGGAUUAUACAAAGGGUAGUGCAGUGAAAUCGUAUGUAAGCAUAUUUGUGUUCACGUUAACAAAUUUGCUUGUAUGACACCAAAUGGCCGCUGGCAAAACAGAUUUCCUGCUUGUCUAAAUAGAGUAUGAAAGUAAUUUAAAUUUGAGGAUUUGCUGCCUUUGAAGAUUCUGAAUGAUGAUAAUGUUUGUCCUCUACAAGAAAUAAAUACUAAAUGAUAACGGAGGCAAAAAAAUAUGGGGAGGGGGCAAAACCUGACAGCUAGUUUUCUUUAUUCAAAGCCUAAACAUGGGAGAAAGAACAAAAUAUGGAGUGUUUCUGUUUCCUUUGACAACUGCAUCUGUUCUUUAUUCUGCUUUUAUUUUUCACAAUAUUUAAAAAGGGGAUUCUUUGUGUGGUGAGGGUCGGUUGGACCUCCUGUGCAAUAUGCUUUAUAAGUGUAUCAAUAAUAAAUUGAAAACCUUUUAAGCUGA